AAUGUUAUGGACAUUGGCUUAGCGAACGAAAAGGCCGGUCAGGAACUGUCCUCUUAUUCGGGGACUUUUCAGCCCGCCCCGGGCAACAAGACUGUCACCUACCUGGGGAAAUUCGCUUUCGACUCGCCCUCCAACUGGUGCCAGGACAACAUCAUCAGCCUGAUGAGCGCGGGCAUCCUGGGGGUGCCGCCGUCGUCGGGCGCGCUCACCAGCACGCAGAGCUCUGCGGGCAGCAUGGGGCCUCCGCAGGGCGAGGUGGACCAGAUGUACCCCGCCUUGCCCCCCUACUCCUCCUGCAGCGACCUCUACCCAGAGCCCGUCUCCUUCCACGACCCUCAGAGCAACCCCGGCCUCACCUACUCCCCCCAGGAUUACCAGGCGGCCAAACCCGCCUUGGACAGCAACCUCUUCCCCAUGAUCCCAGACUAUAACCUCUACCACCACCCCAACGACAUGGGCACCAUCACGGAGCACAAACCCUUCCAGAGCUUGGAUCCCAUCCGCGUCAACCCGCCCCCCAUCACCCCUCUGGAGACCAUCAAGGCCUUCAAGGACAAGCAGACUCUUCUCAACCCCUCCCUGCAGAUCUUCACCCUCCUCCCUCUCAGCUGA